AUGAGCCAUUGUCUAACGUUAGCAAUAUGUGUUCAUGAGCCAUUUAAUAGGAGUUUGUUACAGAUAAUGUUCGAGAUAUCUGUGAGCAGAAGCUGUGUCGACUACAUUCAGCCCGGGAGCAAAUAUCCAAGCGCCUCUGAUACAUGGACACCUGAGUACUCUACGCCUGAGCUCUUGCCCAAUACGCCACGCGAAAUGCAGAUCAACGUGUUCCCGAACUGGUCUCGAAGGCUACGGUUAUCUCGGGUGUUGCCUCUCGUGUUCAUCGCAGUGUGUCUGGGGUUCUACUUGACAGAUGGCACAACGAGAAUAUUUAGCAGAACGAGUUACAGCACAAAAGUUCCGCUGCAGUGUGCGGCUUACGAUAAUAAAGGGAGAGAUAUAGAGGGCAAUAAGGAGCUAAACACGACCAACAGAGCCGCUGUCGUUGAUGCAGAGAGUAAAUCCGAGGACGAGAGUUGGAUAAAUGAUACUGAAAGGAAUCAACAGUUUCCCUUCAAGUACUCACUGAAUGAGCCCAACGCGUGUGCUGGAGGCGUCGACAUCAUCAACUUCAUCUUCGUCUCCCCUGAUGAUAGACUCACACGGUUGCAUAUACGAAACAAAUGGGGCAACGCAACGUUCUUCCCUUACACCCACAUGAAGACGAUGUAUGUGAUAGCGAGUGCGGAUUCGGAGGCAACCCAAAAGUAUCUGCAGCGAGAGAGCGACGAAUUCCACGAUAUAAUUCAGCUCGAUUUCUUUGACUCCUACGAAAACCUGACGCUCAAGACCCUCGCCAUCCUUCACUGGACCAAGACCUUUUGUUCGAACGCCAAGUGGGUCUUCAAGAGCGACACAGACGUCUUCGUGAACUCCUUCGCCGUGGCAAAGUACCUGCGGCAUAGUUUGUCAGACUUUAUAUGCAGCGUGUGCAAGAGAUGCCCUGUGUGUCGCAAGGGUAUGGACUGCCUGGAGAAGUGGUGGGUUUCGGAACAGGAUUAUGCGAAUGAAUACUACCCUCCCUAUUGCCACGGAUCUGCGUAUAUUAUCCGCACAGAAACGGCAAUUCAGAUCUACGAGCGGGCGAACAAGACUCAUCCGCUCGUCAUAGAAGAUGCCUAUUUCACUGGUGUUCUCCCGAACGAUAUGGAUGUUACCUAUACAGAUCUUAGCAGGAAAUUGUUCAUACGAACCACAAGUAAACUACCUCGGGAUUUUGUCCAAGGUUCUUCACUGAUGGCCUUGCACAUUGACACUUUUUCUAGACGAUCUCCUAAACUUUGGAGACUAAUCGUCGAGUAUAACACAGGUUUACACUGAGUGCAUAGCGCCAAUUGUGUUUCACGUGAUUUUUUUACGUCUGUUCGUUUUUACAAAAGACGGUUUAUUCGAGAAAAAAAUAUAGCAGUUUAGGAAUAUAUGAUCGAACAUAUGCAUACGAGAACACUCACACACACAUUUAUGAAUAUGUGUACUUGUGUUUUUGUGAGUACAUGUGUGUGUAUCUGUGUGCAUAUCCGUACGGGCAUACAUGGAUAUGAUAUAGAUAAAUGAUAGAUAAUUAUAUGCAUAAAGAUGAGUUAACAUUUAUCAGUAUUCAUAAGUUCAUGUAUUCAUAAGUUAUGCACCGUUAUUCUUGAUAAAUGAUAUGUAAAUAUUUAUAUAAAUAAUAUAAUGAAACUUAGGAGACAUCAUUACUGGGUCAUUA